UGUCUGAAUCGAUGGGCAGGUUCUCGGUGUAGGAGCGUUUGAAAGUCGGUUUGUUUGGGAAUAUUAGGCGGGGAUGCGGGUUGAUUACUGGUAGGGGACGUUUGUUUGGCGUUGUACCCGUUGCAACGUCAAAAUAUGUAGGUAGAGUUCUAAAUUGUCGGUGUAAUAGCCGUUAAGUCGGCGACUAGUUAUGGCCGUUUAAGUUCGUAGUUUGCUUUGUAUAACAUCUGCCGCGUAUAUAAUCGUUCAUCAAUUAGUUAAACAUGGAGGAAGACAGGCCACCCGCAAACAGCGUCGAUAUACGUCGCAUUCUGAUACAGGCAUUGGGCGGACUUCCACAAGAAAAGAAGAAAGGCAAACAAGUGAAAAAGCAAGCAAAGCAGCUGAACACUCCUGUAGGAGAACAAAAUCAACGCCAAGAGACUAACACAACCCAAGCAGGACCAUACGAAGAAGAACUUGUUGCUGAAGAAUAUGAACAAGAUGGGCCAGUUGAACACGAAAGGCAUGUUGAGCUGACUGAAAAAGACAAGCAGUAUCAACAGGUCAAGUCAAUAGAAAAAGAGAAGGUAGUUGAGCAGGAUAACCAGAAUGAAGAGCAAGAGCAUAUGGAAUUUGAGCAGGAAAUGGCAUUUGAACAUGAAAUGGCAUUUGAACCUGACAUUGCAUUUGAGCAUGACAUUGCAUUUGAACACGACAUUGCAUUUGAACAUGAUAUUGCAUUUGAACAUGACAUUGCAGUUGAACCUGACAUUGCAGUUCAACGUGACACUGCAGUUGCGCAGGAAAUUGCAGCUGAAAAGCAAACUGAAGUUCAAAAGAAAAUCGAAGUUGAAAAGGAAAUUGAAGCUAAACAGAAAAUUGCAGUUGAUCAGGAAAUUGCAGUUGAACAGGAAGUUGAAGUUGAACAGGACUUUGAAGUUGAACAGGAAGUUGAAGUUGAACGGGAAGUUGAAAUGGAACAGGAUGUUGUAAUUGAACAGGAUGUUGAAGUCGGACAAGAAGUUGAAAUUGGACAGGAAGUUGAAGUUGGACAGGAAUUUGGAGUUGGACUGGAAUUUGGAGUUGGACUGGAAUUUGGAGUUGGACAGGAAUUUGGAGUUGGAGAGGAAUUGGGAGUUGGAGAGGAAUUGGGAGUUGGAGAGGAAUUGGGAGUUGGAGAGGAAUUGGGAGUUGGAGAGGAAUUGGGAGUUGGAGAGGAAUUGGGAGUUGGAGAUGAUUUGGGAGUUGGAGAUGAUUUGGGAGUUGGAGAUGAUUUGGGAGUUGGAGAUGAUUUGGGAGUUGGAGAUGAUUUGGGAGUUGGAGAUGAUUUGGGAGUUGGAGAUGAUUUGGGAGUUGGAGAUGAUUUGGGAGUUGGAGAUGAUUUGGGAGUUGGAGAUGAUUUGGGAGUUGGAGAUGAUUUGGGAGUUGGAGAUGAUUUGGGAGUUGGAGAUGAUUUGGGAGUUGGAGAUGAUUUGGGAGUUGGAGAUGAUUUGGGAGUUGGAGAUGAUUUGGGAGUUGGAGAUGAUUUGGGAGUUGGAGAUGAUUUGGGAGUUGGAGAUGAUUUGGGAGUCGGAGAUGAUUUGGGAGUCGGAGAGGAAUUGGGAGUCGGAGAGGAAUUUGGAGUCGGAGAGGAAUUCGGAGUCGGAGAGGAAUUCGGAGUCGGAGAGGAAUUUGGAAUUGGAGAGGAAUUUGGAGAGGAAUUUGGAGAGGAAUUUGAAUUUGGAGUUGGAAAGGAAUUAGGAGAGGAAUUUGGGGUUGGAGAGAUAUUUGGAAUUGGACAGGAGUUUGGAGUUGGACAAGAAGAUGGAGUUGAAAAGGAAGUAGGAGUUGAACAGGAAGUAGGAGUUGAACAGCAAGUUGGAGUCGAACGGCAAGUUGGAGUCGAACGGCAAGUUGGAGUCGAACGGCAACUUGGAGUCGAACAGGAAGUUGGAGUCGAGCGGGAAGUUGGAGUCGAGCGGGAAGUUGGAGUCGAGCGGGAAGUUGGAGUCGAGCGGGAAGUUGGAGUCGAACGGGAAGUUGCAGUCGAACGGGAAGUUGCAGUCGAACGGGAAGUUGCAGUUGAACAGCAAAAACAAGUUGAACAGAACAGCAUACCACUACCUUUGGAAUGUAUGCAUGGAUCGGAUGGGGACUGUGUGAAGUGCAGAGCUUUAGCUGCAUUUUAUAAGGAUCCAAUAGAUCCAAAACGUGACAGAAUUGUUUUUGUAGUACCUAGGGAGCUUAAUCCAGUUGUUGGUAGAGCAACAGUAUGUCACAGGGCAAUUUUCCGCAAUUCAAGUUCGCCUGGUUUCUAUUUGCAGUUACCAACUGAUAUUUAUAAAGUUUUGCCUGCGAGGGAAGUAAAACGUGGAGAUAAUAGGAAACCACAUUUUUAUUUGAGAGUGGGAGUUUGUUACUUCAAGGCGGUACCUGAAGAUGAUACAGAGACAUCAGAGGAGCAAUUGACUAAAGAAGGCCCACAGCAGCAGCAGUCCAAUAAACGAGCUCUCCCAGACGAUUUUUCUGACGAUACUGCAACAAAUAACCAAAGUGGUACUGGUAGUAAAAGGCAUUGUCGAGGACAUGAUGUUCCAAGAGCUGCUUCUGCUGCCAAUGUACAAGGGCAUACCAACGGAUUUGAAUAUGCACGCAUAAGAAGCCCAAUCUAUGUCAACGUAAGAGGAAAACGUUGCAGAAUUGUGGAUGUUAUGGGCUAUGGACCAUCAAGUGUUAUGUGCAGGACUAUAGAAAUGCAAGAACGGAAAAUGUAUGCAGUAAAAUGUGUGUUGAUAUCAAACGAUGAUGAAAUAGCUUUAAACCAGCAGAAUGAAAUUGAAAUCUUGAAGCACUUGAAGACAUGUCCAAGAGCAGUUACCAUGUUUCAGUACAAGGAAUACCAGGCUGUACGGUCACUGUUCAUUCAGCAGGAAAUGGGAGAUGUGGACUUAGCACAACUAAUUGAAAGCGUCGAUGAUUUAAACAUGCAUGAUAUUUUGUAUUUUUGGAAUGAAAUGUUAACAACAGUCAAUGAAGUGCAUAAAUGCGGUGUUAUUCAUGGUGACCUAAAACCAUCAAAUUUUGUGUUCUUCCGUGGUGUAUUAAAGCUGACAGACUUUGUAUCGUCUUACAAAACUGUACUUCCAUGUGACAAAAUUCGGAGGACAAAGUAUCAUGGAGCAGUGAAUUACAUGAGCCCCGAAACAGCCCAAAAUAACAUAUCUAGUUUCAAGAGUGAUGUCUGGAGUUUAGGGUGCAUAUUGUAUCACCUUCUGUACAAAGUUACACCAUUUGAACAUAUUAAAGAUCUUGAUCAGAAGAUAUCGACUAUUAGUGAUGCAGAUAUACCAAUAGAGUAUCCGUACAGGGCUGAUUGCCCUAGGGGUUUGACUGAGGUUUUACGCCAGUGUUUGAUACGAGCUGAAGAUGCAAGACCAUCUGUGGAAGAAAUUAUCAAUUAUCCAUGGCAGUAAAGGUAUCCUGGAGAGAAGAUUAAAGCAGCUUGCCUGCCCAUUUAAUGGACUGAGAUGUGUUAAUGACAGCCUAAUACCUUUCAAAAAUCUAAAAAAAAAAAAAAAAACCGAGAAACAGAGA